CGUAAAGCGAAAAGCUAUACGCUCGACAGUUUGGAGAGAAUCGUCCCAAAGUAUUGUUGGGGCAAUUCAUGGCGGAAUGAAGUUUUCUGAAAUAUUAUAAGUGGCUUUGUUGGGCUAGGAUUAUCUCAGAAUACCUCGUCCAAAGUCAACUGUGGUACAAACAAUAAACGAAGACAUUCUAUUGGUUGAGUGGCUGUUAAGCUGUCUGGGCGGAAGUAAUAUACAGCCAUUUUAACACAGGACAUAUACCUGCGAUUCCAAAACUUUUGUGAUGGCUAACUUGAAAGAUUUCAUCAGUGAUGACCAAGGUAUCAACUGGUUAAAAUCUAACUUGUCUCUGAAAAUAACGAGAAAAGGCCUCAUUGGUUUGGUUGAUGGUGAAAUGCAAUCACUUCAAAAAGACUCGUAUAACAAAGCACGAACCACACCAAGAGCUGCAUGCAAUCAGUGUUGCACUACGAACCUGUUGGUUGGUUUGCCGAGAUAUAAAUAUCCAAACAACAAACCACCGCCUAAAACCAAUCAUUGUCCGAACAGUAUCUGUGACGGUAUUCGGCAAAACAUUGAAUCAGAGCAUUGUUUUCGUCGACCAUCUUGGAAGAAUUCGGACGCCAAACAAUGGUCGACCAACCACUGGCAAUUUGCCAAGUGUUACAUGCCACCGGAUGGUUAUGCACAGGUUUUAUCAGCCACAGACACUGAUUUCAACGGAAUUAUAAAUGUCCUCAUUAACUGCAAACGAUUCGAUGGCAAGUUUACGUUUCCAAAUGUUCUUACUCAGGCAAGGGACAUAGGAAGAACCUUGCGGCACAAGAAUGAUAUUCGUGUUAGCAAUGGCGAUCUGAAAGAAACCUUUCGAACACUCAAAGCAUUACUUAAUGAACCUGCUUUUGGUCAGGAAGGACAAGGCGCCGUAGCUCAGUUGCAAAAGCUACAGAACGAUGAUGUUGUUAUAGAUGUAAAAGAGAUCAUUGCACUUAUCAACGAGACAAAAGAAACAGCCCUUUCAGAAAUACAAAGUGAACGGAAUGCAGCACAUAUCCAAAUGCUCGAGCAUCUUGACGAGGUUUUUGCACGAGAGGAAGAAAGGCUACAUAGAGUUAUGGACGAGAAAGCCUCAAGCAGCGAUGCUCAUGGUCAGACAUACAGCUUUGAAGAAAGAAAGUCAGGACUGAAGGAAGAUUUGAUUUACUUCUACAAAGAAAACUACUCCUCCCUACCACUCGGACCACAGUUCGCAGACUAUGACUCCAAAAUGGUUGACUGCUACAUUCCCCCGAACCUUUCAAGUGUUGAGCUCAAGGAAAGCAGUGAGCAUAAAAAUUCGCCCUUGUCUCAAAAAGAAAAAAGGAAACCUGUGCAGUCAUUUUCAGAAAUGUUUUCCGAAAAAAACCUUAUCUUUGUAUCAGGUCAAGCUGGGUUUGGAAAAACAUCGUUUUGUAAGUUUUUAACAUUUGUUUGGUGCUUAAUACAGAUGGGCGAAAAUGAAAUGAUUUCAAGAAUCAAAUCAAGCAGAGAUAGCCUGUAUGCUGAUAUGGCUGCUGUUUUAAGAAAAUUUGAGUUUGUGUUUCUAAUUCCGCUGCGUCUUACAUCAGAUAAACUUUGCGAAAUCAAUGACAUGGUAUGCAAAGUGCUUUUCCCCGAACUUCGUCGCUUCAAAUCAUUAAAAAUCGACAUUGAGCUACUUGAAACAAUUUUGAUGAAGGAAAAAUGUUUAAUUAUUUUAGACGGAUUGGAUGAAUGGAAACACCCUUCAUUUGGGUGCUUUAGGAAAAACUUAACUGUGCCACAUACUCAAAAUUAUAAUUUAUGCUCAUUGCUUAUAACAGCACGUCCUUGGAAACUAAGCGAUGCUGAAAUAAAGAUGUCAAGAUUCAACGGUUUCAUAGAAAUUGAAAUUUUAGAUGAUAAACAAAUCCUACGGUUGAUAGGCUAUAUUAAUGAUUGCUUGUCCGAGAUUAUGGGGCCUAGAAAAGAUGUAGGAGAAUUCUUGAACUAUAUUUCGACACACAAAUUGAAAGACCUACUUUCAAAUCCUCUCGUCAUCAUGCAAAUGAUGCGUCUUUGGUAUGAUGGAAAACCAAUUGGAAAAAGUCGAUGCGAAGUUUACAGUAACAUGAUUGAUUUUUUCUUGGUGAAUGCAAAAGAAAGAAAUGAAAUACUGGCAAAUAAGGUAGCGUGUGUGACAGAAUCUACAUGCCUACCUGAUUGUUUUGCGGAACACUCAUGUCAUUCAUUUAAAGGUCUUGUUCUAAAAUUAGGAAAACUUGCGUUCAUGGCAUUUUUCUCUGAUGAAGCUUCUGAGCAGUAUGCAUUUCGGGAAGAAUUGGUAAAUGUCAUUAUUGAAGACUCAUCACAGCGUGAGUUUGCAUACGAAACAGGGCUGUUAUCUAAGAUGUGGAUUCAGUCGAGAUAUACAUAUAGGGAGUGCAAAGUUUCAUUUCUGCAUUCCACAUAUCAAGAAAUGCUUUGUGCUGUUUACAUGGCAAUUGUUUCAUUCGAUUCUGAAAGCACAGAAUGCAUUCAUAUGAUAGGGCAAUAUAACAAAAACAUCAAUAAUGCAGCCAUUGAUUUUAUAGUGUUUUUGAGUGGAGUGUCUUUGCCUCUAGCACGAGACGCAUCAGAAAAGAUGUCCAAAUUUUCUCCAAACGCAUUAACAUCAUCAGUUAAUGAAUCAAAGUAUGUGUGGAUUAAAGACAUAAAAGUGUUGGGAGAAACCAUUUUGAGAGCGUAUGAAGAAUCGACAGCAAACGGAAUGCCAGACGCAAAUACUCUUUUGUUGAGACACAUAGUCCUAGAGCAUGGCCGAUUGAGUCACCCACUAAUUCAGUUCAACAGGGACAAACUUGUAUCACUGGGGUAUACAUGCUACUUUGAUAUCCCUGAUCUACAAACUGAAUUUGAUGAUCUGUCUUCAAUCAUAAAAGAUUCUAGCCCAACCUUAACCACCAUCGGUAUUCACCUUCCCAGUGAACAUAGCCGUGCUUUAGAUCCAAGGUCUUUCUCAGUAUGUAGACAGUUGCAUACACUUGUGUUAUAUAAUGUUGAGUUGCCAGAAAGAAUCCUUGAUUUGACAUCAUGUGAGCAAUUGUACGAUUUAAGUCUAAAGUAUUUGCUCAAACAUGAGUUAAAAGUCAUUAUUAGACCAUGCAAAAUGUACUGUUGUAGAUUGCUUGGCGUUGGACACAGUGAUUGUGAACGUAUAGUUUUGCGUUUUGCGAAAGGAAAUCAAUUCACCAGUCGGCUGAAGGAAUUGAGACUGCGAAACGUUAGAGUUGAAGCAGAGAUAGACUUAAACGACACACUCGUUGAAAUACUUGAGUUAACUAAUGUUUCAAUGAAUAGAGUGAGUAUUGAUACAAGUUGUGUGAUAGAAUGUCAUCUUGGUGGUUACAUAGGACAGUCGUGAAAUGGUACAGAGUACAUUCUGGAUGAGGUCGGUAAAUCAACAAAAUUGCCAGCUUUGUCAAUAGAAGUCGAAAUUUCACCAGAGAACAUUUUGUUACUGCGCAACAUAAUCAAGUCAAACAGUGGACUCAAAGAAAUGUCAUUAAAUAACAUAUGAUACACUUUCAUUCUAAAAAAAGUAUUUCAGUAACAUGGAAUGUUUUUGAAAGGUGUUUUUUUAAAACUGUUUUAUUUUCAAAUAUAGAGCUAGAUUUUAAAUACUAUACAAGCUCAGUUGGAGAGUUGAGUUCCGAAGCUUAUUUAGAUUGCACAUGUACUAUUCAUCCCUUGCAGAUAAGUGGAUUUUGGAUGCCCGAUAAAAAGGAUUGUAUUGUAGUAUAAAAAUAUGUCAUUUCAAAAAUAAAGAUACAUCAACAACCUUUUGGCAUUUAAAGAUUGCAGAGUGGGAUGGUUCACCAACGAUUCAGUUCAAAAAGUGAAAUAAAUACGAAACGUCAGCAAGAGAUACCACUUUAUGUUAUAUCAAAAUUAUAUGAGGUCACUAGGCAUUAGAAUUUGAUAUUGUUGCCAACGAAAAGCUUUAUAUAUAUCUGAUAUCUUAAUAUCGGAACUGUAGGUGAAUUUUUAAGUAUACUCAUUUGAUAUCCUGAGGAAAAAGACAUUGUGAUAUCAUUUGCUCACUUAAUUAUAUAAGUAACAUAGAGGAGGAACUAUUGUUUAUAUAUUUUUGUACAAAAGAGAGUGCAUGAUGACAAUUAUCUUUUAAUCAUUUGUCACAAAAUCGGUAUAUGCAUGUCCUGCUUGUGGGCAGGGCCUCGGGCAGAUUUGCAUUAAUUUCUUUUAUUUCGAAGACCGAAGGUCAUGGUAUUGUAAUAGGCUUCGGCCUCCUCAUUGUAACUUAAGCCAUAACAAAAAAGUGAAAGGAACCAUGCGCAUGUAUAUCAAAUUCAAUACCGAUGGGUUCAAUCAAAAUUGAUUUUAACCGCUUGUUCGACUAAAUGUUAAUGUACAAUUUGAAACUAAAUGUCCAUGAAAUGUUGCUAACACACGUUGCUCAAGAUUUUAAAAAUCAGCAAUAUCAGAAAUAAAAGAACCUCAGUUUUGUUUGUGCCUAUUUUAGUAUAAAUGUAUGAUUGAAGGAGUAUGUGUUUUGUUACAAUAUUUCUAGUAAAUAUAAAAAUAUCAUUGUUACAAGUAUGUACCUGAAAUAACUAUUUUUGUUAGAAUUGGUUGGGCAACAUUAUAUUGCUAUUUAUUACAAGGAUUUCUUAUUUUGUCCUGCAUUAUAUCACAAAAUCAGCAUUGACUGUCGUACACUUGCGUUACAGUUUGCUUAUCUCAACCUUUAUUUGGAGGAGGAGUAAUUCUGUUAUAUUCUGACGUAUACGAUUUAAGUUGUUCAGUGUGUUUGAUAAAAUAUCUACUUCAACUGAGUAAGGUCGAUUUGAAAUAAAUUACUCAUAGUUAUUCAAUUACAUUCGCUAUAGCGUGCUCCAUCUGUUUGUAUAUGGAGAAAUGUAUGCAUACUUCCCUGUAAGAUAUACGUAUGUAAAUUUUUCAUUUGUUAUUGAAUGAUGGAAAAUGUUCGUUAACUCGUUAAUAAUUUGUCUACAUAUCGCAAAUAAUUGUAAUGAAUAAAGUUUAUGACCAUUG